UUAUAAACUACCCUAUAUAUGCCUGUAGCUGCAAUAAUCUCACACACAUAACACUCCCCCUUUUUUUCUUUCUUUAUACAAUGGGCAGCUCUUACAAAUUUCUUUUAAGCAUCUUCCUUGCAUCAUGUUUUAUAUCCACCAUUGCCAUGGCUCGGCCAAUUUCCUACACAAACUCCACAUUAGUAGUCCGAUUAAAACUCGAUGAUGAAGAGAGCUCAACUGCUUGUUGGGAUUCCUUGUUUCAACUCCACUCCUGCACCAGUGAAGUCAUUCUUUUCUUUCUCAAUGGUGAAACCUACCUCGGCCAAAGCUGUUGUCGUGCCAUCAGAAUUAUCGAACAUGAUUGCUGGCCUUCUAUGCUUGGUUCACUCGGAUUCACUUCCGAAGAAGGUGAUAUUCUACGUGGCUACUGUGAUGCCUCCAAUUCUACUGUCAGCCCUCCUCCACACAACACGAAUGCCAUGGAAUGAGAUCUAAAAUUUUUGAUAAAAUGUUUUGAAUAUUACUGUUUUUGCAUUUCACGAAUUUUGAAAACUGCAAAUGAAUCGAUAAUGGAAUGGAUGUUUAUAUGCAAUCCUGCUAAUCAGGCCUAAAGGUUUGUUAUUAUGUGCAAAUGUGGGGGUAUG